CCAGCCACUCUAGGACGCGUUCUAUUGUUCCAUUUUUUAUUACCAUGCCAUUGAGGUCCGUGUUGCUUUGUGCCUCUUCAAGAAUUCCAGGUUGGCUUGGAGUCCGCACCCUAGGGACUUGGGCAAAACCAGUUCGCUUCCAUUGGUGGUACGGGCAUUCCGUGAAUCAAAUAAAUCCAUUUUGAGCUGAGCGCGAUGUCCCGCAGUCAUGGACGUCAAUAUGAGAAUCCCGAGAAGUUGGAACUCCGCCGAAGCAGAGUGUUUCGGAAGAUUGAAAAGGACAUUAAGGAUAAGCACCGCAAAAGAAGAGCCACUCAUGACGGUCAGAGAGGCAACUAUUCCGCUCAAUUCACCUCAGUGUACCACAAAGUGGGAGUCGAGCGACGACCCGAGGAAACUUAUAUCGACAAGGACCGAGCCAUUGCAGUGGGAAUAGGGGCCGAGGAUCUCAAAGGAUCCAUCCUGAAACAUAGGGGGGAGCUCUCUCGAAACAACAAAGAGGCGGGCUCCUUAGAAUUGGCCCAAACUGUGGACGUUUUACUCCAGCAAGCCCACCACGAGCUUAAACUGGGAGACCCUGAGCGGGCUCUAUCGUACAUGUUGCAAGGGAUCGAAAUGGCACCGGAAAAUGUGGAGUGCAGAAUUCUUCGCACUCGAUGCCUUCUCAGCUCAAAUCAGUGCAAGUAAGAUCACACACCGGGAGAGGCACGUUCCACACUGAUUGGAUUUUUCCUUCACUCCCAGAGACGCGUUGCUAGAGGCGAAUCUGCUGAUCAAAGAGUACAACGCCAGAAAGAAUCCCGAGGUGCUGAUGGUUAAGGGAGACGCGCUCUACUCCAUUGGAUGUUUCGAGCAUUCCUUGGUCAACUACCACCGAGCAUUGGAGUUUGUUAGCAGUAAAGAAAAAGGCAAGCUCGUGAAUCGAAUUUCCCGCACGGAGCUGGCGAUUGUAAACUCGGUGGGGAUUAAUAACCCCUCUUGCUUUGAUGAUGUAGCCGGUUUUUUGGCAAACUGCGGAGCCAACGGAUCCUUAUCGGCAAGAGACAAAGGCACUGAUCGCGCUCUUCUGUCUGAAUUGGCUGUAGAUAAAAUGUAUUUGGAGAAUCUUUUAGAUCAACUCAGUAAAAAUCGAGGCUCCAAGUGCAUGAGACGAGCCACGACUGAGACCCGGUCCGCAAUUUCGUUCCUGCAAGAACGAACCGAGUUCUGGAUUCAAAAUGCACCGAAAAUCGAGAAAAAGUCCAUGUACCGAGUCAAUUAAUGUCUAUUGAAAUAUAUCAUAUCAAUUCAACUACACUCAAAUCAACGUACAUUUCCCCAAGCAAUUUCUUUCUAUAUGUAGCCGUUCUCCCAACAACAAGCUAAGAAGGAACAAUGCAUUUGCAAAGUCUCC